UUAUUAUUAUUAUUAUUAUUAUUAUUAUAUAUCACACUGGUCUAUAAGGUACUGUGUACUUCUCCCAAACUUGUUGUUUAUGAGAAGCUUGUAACCUCAUGAGCCCAGUCUUGCACUUAAAUGUCUUAAUAUCCUCUUGUGUAACUUCAGAGUUAGCUAAACUCCAAACAUUCCACGCCGUAUGUUACGUGUUCUUUAUCUGCUUGUUUCACUGCUCUAUAUGAAGUAUUGAAACCAAGGACGUCCUUUAUGGCAGUACUAAUGCAUCAAAUAUUGUACACUUUACAGUGAAUUCAGCAUCAUCAAGCUGUUGCAGAGCUAUGACAUUUGGAUUGCGUUGUAGCUAGCAGCAGGUGUUCAUAAUAACGUGUUAAAGUCCACGUAAUGAGUCAGCAGACUUAGGAUGGACUCGUGAUUUAUUUACCCAUCAGAGCUUUGUCAGACUGUUGGCCUCUUGACUCCCUUCGGCCACAUUAAGUUGCUCCCGGCAACUGUUUGUUUUGGGCAGCAGCAGUAAUUGAAGGAUUAGCUUCUUCAAAGCUGCGGGACGGGUUAAAAGUAGCAAAACCAGUCGAUUCCCGAGCCUCUUUGUCAGGACGCUUUGUUCCGCAUUGUUUUCACCGUGUGGGUGUGUGUUUGUGGGUGUGUGUGUGUAAUCAUGGCAAAAUGUGUUCCUGGAGACACCUACUAUAGCGUGAACUACAGGAGGGGGGGUUCUGGGUAGUUUGCUAGGUGUUGAUAUGUCUGUCUGACUUUGGGCAGAUUCUGUGACUGUGACAGUCAUGUAGCUGGGGUUAAAAUGAGGGCAGAGUUUGAGGAUGUGCUUGGGCCCCCACUUUAUAAAUAAACACUGUGCCAACAGACUGCACACAUACCGCGUUCAUUGCAUAAUAACGGAGCCUGUCGAUAAGCACUUCCUCUUCCCGCAGGUCGUCAGGCAGCGUUGUCUUUCUUGGAAAUGGGUCAUAAAAUAAAACAUUUACUUUUUCUCAAGGCAGCAAAUAAUCAGUUUAUUUCUAAUUAUUGCUACUUUAAUUUUGACGUUUUUUCCCGUUAAUUAACUGGACAUCAAGCUUUAUUUUUCUUCUUUUUUUUUUAAAUAAGUUGAAAUGUAAACCCUAACUUGAUAUAUCUUAUCCAGUAGUACAGUGUUUAUUUCAUACAUAGCACCUAUCAUCCUACGUCAUUUUAGAUCAUUUAAGUAAUUCAUUCUAUAAAUACAGAAGACUAAUUGUGGUCAUAGUACUUGUCACCACAGUGGAUAUACUAGUUUCAGGAACAGCUUUGUUGCGUGUCAGUAACUCACACCUGUCCUAUCAGGAAAGUCUUUCCCUGAACUGGGCGUGUUCAGCACAGCCGAGUGGGCUGAGCCGAGAUAAAGUCAAUUUUAAGAUGAGCUAGAGCCUUAACUCAGCAGCAGAAUGCACCAGGACGGUUUAGAGUUAAGUCCUCGCUGGGACAGAAAUAGCCCCAGUGGAUCCAUCCCGAGGGCUUGUUAGCCGAUCCUGGAGCCUUGACCACACGCGCAUGGAGAGAGACUCUCCUCGCUCGGCCUCUCAGACUGCCGCUGGCUGAUCCGCAGCUUGACCGCGAGAAGCGAACUGACGCGGUUGCUCCACGCCACUUCACUAUGUGUGGCAAUCGAGGAAGUCAUUGGAGGUAGAAUGAGCCGUUCCGUCAGCGCGGGCCACCAGGACAGCAUCCCGUUCUCCAGCUGAAACCCUUGAAGCGGCAUCCUUUGUUACAUGUGUACAGCCAUGAAGUUCAACCAGUGCGUACCGCAGGACACUCCCGGCAACCUCGACGAGAACAAAGUGUGGAAGUGGCACAUUCAAGACCCCGCCAGCCAACGGCUGACGUGGAACAAGCCACCGAAAAGUGUCCUUGUCAUCAAGAAGAUACGAGACGCCAGUCUGCUACAGCCUUUCAAAGAGCUCUGCAUAUUCCUCACCCAGGUGAAAGACUUGAUUGUUUAUGUGGAAAAUAAAGUUCUGGAGGACCCAGCCAUCUCAGACGAUGAAAACUUUGGGGCCAUUACAAAGAAAUUCUGCACUUUCAGAGACGAUCUUGAUGACAUCUCCAAUCGCAUAGACUUCAUCAUCUGUCUUGGUGGAGAUGGAACUUUGCUUUAUGCGUCUUCGCUCUUCCAGGAGAGCGUUCCACCAGUUAUGGCCUUUCACCUGGGCUCCCUGGGAUUCCUGACACCCUUCAAAUUUGACACCUACCAGUCUCAGGUCACCCAAAUUAUUGAAGGUAAUGCUGCCAUCGUCCUGCGAAGUCGCUUGAAAGUGCGGGUGCUGAAGGAGAACUGCGAGAAGAAGGCCAGAGUUGACGAAAACUGCAUCAUCCUGACUAACGGGGACAUUGAAAGCAGCCGGAAAGCCGCGCAGUAUCAGGUACUGAAUGAGGUGGUGGUGGACAGAGGACCCUCCUCAUAUCUCUCCAACGUCGACCUCUUCCUGGACGGACACCUCAUCACCACAGUGCAGGGAGACGGUGUGAUAGUAUCUACACCCACCGGUAGUACAGCGUAUGCAGUGGCAGCAGGAGCCUCCAUGAUCCAUCCCAACGUGCCAGCCAUCAUGAUCACCCCCAUCUGCCCUCACUCGCUCUCCUUCAGGCCCAUCGUGGUGCCCGCCGGUGUGGAGCUUAAGAUAAUGCUGUCACGUGACGCAAGAAACACAGCCUGGGUGUCAUUUGACGGAAGAAAGAGACAAGAGAUCUGCCACGGAGACAGUAUUACCAUCACCACUUCCUGCUUCCCUGUUCCCUCCAUCUGUUUCCGGGACCCGGUCAAUGACUGGUUCGAGAGCCUGGCCCAGUGUUUGCACUGGAAUGUGAGGAAGAAGCAGAACUACCUUAGCUCGGAGGACGAGGAGUUCUGAAGGCACGGGGGGGGGGGGUCUUCAAAGUCUCGAGGACUCCUUAGUCUUGGUUUUAGCUCGACCGUGCUCUGUGCUGUUUUGUCUUUAAUGGAUAGGUCUCACCAAACUCCAUUCAGAAUCGCCUGUCGUAAUAACGUUGCCCACAACAUUGACAAAAACCUCAAAUCACUAUUGUAAAAUUAUAUUUAAUCAUUUUAGUUUUUUCAUAGUAACAGUUUUAUUUAUUUCAUAGUUUUUAUUUCAUAUGGCCCUUUUUCAAAAGUCUGUCUUCACUCUUGGUGAGACUGGAGUUGUCACAGCCUCGUGAUCCCUCAGCCUGUCACCCAAAAUCCUCCCGACAAGCUUUACUUACAACAGCUACCAAAUUAUGACGCUAGCUCGCGUUAGCUAGAGUAGAGCUUUGAGUCUCUUCCCUAACCCGAUUGGGCCGGACCUGAUCUGCCGGGUUCGGCUGUAUUUUGUCACAAAUGUCUGUUACCCCACUGAAGACGCGCGCCCAAUCAUCGCUCUACGCUAGAGCAACAACGAUGCCAAAGUCAUUUAGAAUCAAACACCGAGCUGCAGCACUCGCACCUCUAGGUUCUCUAGUAGGUUCGGAUUAUUACUCAUCAUCAAAGUGGAAAGCCAGUGCUAACGGCAGCUGCUAGCUUAAUUUACAUAACUCUGCGGAGAGUGAAGGGAAGCUUAUCUACAGUCUAUUGGGUGAACGGUGAUGAGGCGGAGACUGGUGAAAACGCCACUCUUGAAUGACGACAUUUUUGUGUAAUUUAUAAAAAAAAAAAUGAUAGACAUAUACAAGCAACAUUUGAAAAUGGGUAUUUUGAGAUAAA